AUGGGUCAAACCCUGUCGGAGCCGGUGGUCGAAAAGACAUCGUCCGAGGGCGGGGAUGACUGCUGCGUGUACGGUGUGUCGGCCAUGCAGGGCUGGCGAAUCAGCAUGGAGGAUGCCCACGCUGCGGUUCUUGACCUCCAGGCAAAGUACACCGGUGCCGACGAUGCGAAACCGACCGAUCCGGAACAUCGCCUGGCCUUUUUCGGUGUCUAUGAUGGCCACGGUGGUGACAAGGUUGCAUUAUUCACCGGCGAGAACCUCCACAAGAUUGUUUCCCGGCAAGACGCUUUUGCCAAGGGCGAUAUCGAACAGGCUAUGAAGGAUGGUUUUCUUGCCACCGACAGGGCGAUUUUGGAAGAUCCCCGUUAUGAGGAGGAGGUCUCGGGCUGUACUGCCUCCACAAGCAUUAUUUCACAGAAGAAGAUCUGGGUGGCAAACGCUGGUGAUUCACGAUCAGUCCUCGGUGUGAAGGGACGGGCAAAGCCCCUCUCCUUCGACCAUAAGCCUCAGAACGAGGGUAAGUUCUCGUUUACUUCAGACAAUUACAUACGAUACAACGGAUCUAACAAACAACUUACCAUAGGCGAGAAGGCUCGUAUCAGCGCCGCCGGUGGCUUCGUUGACUUUGGUCGUGUUAACGGCAACCUCGCUCUGUCCCGCGCUAUCGGCGACUUCGAAUUUAAGAAGAGCCCCGAGCUUUCCCCCGAACAGCAGAUCGUCACCGCAUACCCCGAUGUGACUGUCCACGAGCUUACCGACGAUGACGAGUUCCUUGUCAUUGCCUGUGAUGGUAUCUGGGAUUGCCAAUCCUCCCAGGCUGUCGUGGAGUUCGUCCGCCGCGGUAUCGCCGCUAAGCAGCCCCUCGCCCGGAUCUGUGAGAACAUGAUGGAUAACUGCCUGGCCUCUAACAGCGAAACUGGUGGUGUCGGCUGUGACAACAUGACCAUGACGGUCAUUGGCCUGCUCCAAGGCAAGACCAAGGAGGAAUGGUACAACCAGAUUGCAGAGCGGGUUGCGAACGGGGAUGGACCUUGUGCUCCGCCCGAGUACGGCAAGUCUCCCGAGGAACCCGAAGGCAUCCCCACUACUUCGUGCUGA